UUGGCGCGGGCGGUGGCGCGGGCGGUUAAGCGGCGUGCUGCACAAGGAGCAGGAGUAAAUGUAUAUGAUGAUGAGGAGUUUAUUUUGGCUUUUCUUCUAAAAAAAGAUGCAAUAGAAGAAUCAAAAUGCAAAAAAAAUUUAGAAGAAUACUGUAAAAGCUUAAAUGAAAUAGACAAGGACUUAAAUAAAGUCUAUCCAAAACUAAAGGAAAUUUGCAAAAAUAAUGGAGUACCAAAAUGUACAGGAUUAAAAGACAACAUUGAUAAAAAGUAUACUAGUUUUAAAACAAAACUUGAUGAUGCAUUAAAAAAGGAAAUUCCACAGUUGACAGAAACAGAUUGUAUAAAUCAGCAACAAUGCCUAUUUUUAGAAGGAACAUAUCCUGAUGAUCUCAAAAAUAAGUGCAAUAAUUUGAGAAAUAAAUGUUAUCAAAAGAAACGUGACGAAGUGUCACAAAAAGCUCUUUCGAGAGCACUUAAAGGAAGUCUUGAAAAUAAAGAUAAAUGUAAAGAGGAACUCAAAAAAAUUUGUUUAGAGUUAAGUCAAGAAAAUGACGAAUUAAUGAAAUCAUGUCUUGAUCAAGAGAAGACAUGUAAUGAUCUUGUAAACAAGAUACAAAAUAAAUGUAGUACUUUGAAAACGGGAAUUGAAGACGUAUUUAAAAAUGAUAACCUAUUAAAAAAAAAAUGUCCAUCAUUUCUUGAGGAAUGCCACUACACAUUAAACUGUCAAGAAGCACAUAAACCUGAUUGCAAGAAACUUAUAGAAAAAUGUAAAGAAAAAGAAGUUACUUAUAUAGCGCCAGGUUCGAGUUUUGAUCCUACAGAAUCAAAAACUACACUAGUAAAAAAAAUAGGUUUAAAAAAACUUUAUAAAGAAGCAGCGGAAAAAGGAAUUCAUAUUGGGAAGUCACCUGCUGCAGAUGCAAUUGCUCUUUUAUCAUUAUUGAUUCAAGAUCCAAGUCUUAAAAGUCAAGCAGGUGGUAGAGAAGGAAAAUGCAAAAAAGUUCUUGAAAAUAAAUGUAAAGAUUUCCAAGAUCAUGACAUUCUAGGAAAUUUAUGUACUGGUGGUAAUGCUAAUGGAAAUGGAACCGCACAAUGUGGUAAAUUGGAGGAAGAUAUUGAAAAAGUAUGCAAAAUUUUCACAUUAAAAAUUGUUAAUAAUCAUCUAUUUGACGUAACAAAAGGAAAUAAUGGAAUUAUUAUAUGGAAUAAAUUGCCAACAUUUCUCAGCAAUGGAGAUUGUGAAACUCUAGAGUCAUAUUGUCUUUAUUAUGGAGAAAAUUGUCCAAAUGGUAAAGAAGCAUGUGUGAAUGUAAAAGCUGCAUGUUACAAAAAAGGACUUGAUGGGUUAGCAAAUGAAGUCUUGGAAGAAAAUAUGCGGGGAAUGUUACGUCGUUCAAACAAAACAUGGCUUAAAGAUUUUCAAAAAAGGCUAAUAAAAGAAUGCAAGGAACUUAGAGAAAAGGGUAACGGUGUUUUUUCAAGCGAUGAAUUGUUUUUGUUAUGUCUACGGCCGCUAAAAACGGCUAUUGUGCUUUCAGCAGAUUUACGAAUGAAAUCAGUCUUUUUACUAAGACAUUUAGACAAAAAGCGAGAUCUUCCAACGAAAGAAGAUUGUGAAAAAUUACAAGAGAAAUGUAGAAUACUAGGGCAUGAUUCGAAAGAGAUUGAAUGGCCAUGUCGUACAUUAACGCAACAUUGCAAUCGGCUGGAAAGUAUAGAGCACUUGGAAAAAGAAAUGUUAGAGGAAAAUAAAGGAUAUUUAAAAGAUAAAGAUACAUGUGAGGCAGAAAUUUAUAAACGCUGUAAAAAAUGGAUUAGAAGGGAAAAUAACAAGUUUUUUCAUGCAUGUCUUUCAUUAGAAUUUGCUUGCAAAAAGAUUACAGAAAAUGUUAAAUCUAAAUGUGUUGCAUUGAGUAGAAACAUAGAAACUAUGGAUAUUUUAAAGAAAGUAACUCAAGAAGAUAAAAUGGAAGAAACAUGCGAGUUUUGGACUCCGUAUUGUAAAAAGUUUAUGCCAAAUUGUAAUGAACUUAAAGAAGAUGGAGGAAAGGAUGGAAAAUGCAAAGAGCUUAAUGAGAAAUGCAAGCUAUUCCUUGAAAGGAAAGACUUAGAAGAUAAAGUUGCAGAAGAAUUGAAAGGUAAUUUGUCAAAAGUAAGAGAAUGUAACAAUGCACUUAACAUAUACUGCACGGAAUGGAAAAAAGCAAAGAAUGGACUUGAAACAUUGUGUAUUGGUGAAACUAAAAAAAUGAAUGAAACUCAAGUUAAAGAAAAGCUUUGCAAAAGAUUAGUGCAACGUAUAAAAAGAAAGUGCCCAGGGUUGAAGAGCAAACUUGAAGAAGUGAAGGAUGAAUUGGAGAAAAAAAAGAAAGACUAUGAAGAAAUUAGAAAAAAGGCAGAAGAAGCAAUGAAAAAUGCAAAUCUUAUUUUAUCAAGAGUAAAAGCAUCAAAUAAUGAGUCAACGAAUAGUUCUGUUCCUAAUGUAUUAAAUAAAGAGAAAAAUAUAACACAAUUUAGACUUGUAAAGAGAGAUACAAAAGCAAAAGUGACAGAAGAGGAAGUCAAAGCAUUUGAUUUGGUAGCACAAGCAUUUGAACUCUAUGUAGAAUUGAGGGAGGUAUGUCAGCAUUCAUUAAAGGAGUGUGUAUUUAAAAAAGAAUGUGGUUGUGGCGAUCCAUGUAAAACAAUAGAAAAUAAAUGUUAUGGGUUGAAACCAUUAGAAAUAAAGCCACACGAAAUAGAAACAACGACGACAACGACCACAACCACAACCACCACAACAACAACAAAGACAGAAGGAGAAGGGAAGACGGCAGAGUGCCAGUCUCUGCAGACGACAGACACAUGGGUCACAAAGACGUCGACCCAUACUAGCACAUCCACGACUACGUCCACGGUCACGUCAAGAAUAACGUUGACCUCGACGAGGCGGUGUAAGCCUACGAAGUGCACGACAGGAGAGGAAGAUGAUGCAGGUGACGUGAAGCCGAGUGAAGGGCUGAGGAUGAGUGGGUGGAAUGUGAUGAGGGGGGUGUUACUAGCAAUGAUGAUUUCAUUCAUGAUUUAA